UCAUCUUUUUAUUUUCUUUCUUUCUUUCUCUCCUUCCUUCAAUAGCUCCCAAUCUCUCUCUCAUUUCUCUCUCCCCCAUUACUCCGGGCUCCGGCGGCCCAGUAAUCCCCACUCAGACGUCUCUCUAUAAGAGAUGCGAUGCAUCGAUUCUCUUGGAUGAUGCUGACAGCUUCAAGGGUGAAAAGUUUGCACCUAGCAACAAAAACUCUGCGAGGGGUUUUGUUAUCAUUGACGACAUUAAAUCAGAGUAGUGGUGGCAAUGGCAAUACAAGAUGCAUUUGCAAUUUUUGGAGGCCUUUUUACGACGCCCCCUCUGGAUGUCGAGAUGCAGUGAUUGUGGACCUCCCUGCUCCAUCUCUUAAUCUAUAUGACUUAAUUGACUCCUUCGCAGCUAGUGGCUAAGAGUAAUGUCCGGUGCACACACAAGAGUAAUGACCUAAUUUGCUAAAGAACUACUGAACUUGUCCGGUGCACACACAAUCGGACAAGGUCAAUGUGCAAACUUUCGCAUGCAUAUCUAUAACGACACCAACAUUAACAAGGCCUUUGCUAGUGAGCGUUUGAUUGAUUGAUUGAUUGCUUGCUUUCUAUUGGGUGAAGAUCAAGUUAUUUUACCAACCUCAUCAAUGGUUGAGUCAUUUUUCACUCGGAUCGGGAACUAUUCAAUGGCGGUGCGUUGGAUCAACUUAUCCAACGAUAUGUCGAUGAUAACCUUCUGUUUGGGGAAGAUUUCUCAGCCCCCAUGGUUAAAAUGGGGAACAUCAGCUCCCUCACUGGCACCUAAUGCGAGAUCUGAGAGCUAUGUUGGAAAGUUAAUACCUAGUUUUUAGAUGAUCAUGAUGGGGUUCUUUCAUUCUGGUUCUGAAUAUUAGAGUUCUUACCAAUACUUGAUGUUUAAAAUGAGUGAUGCUAUUGAGAUUUGAAAAUUUGAUUUAAUUUGUCAAUUAUGAUUUUGAUUGUAGUUGAUUACUUUUAUGCUCCGUUUGAUAGAAAGGAUAAAAAGUAGAGAGGAUGAAAAAUA